AUGCCUGUUUGUCCCUCUCACUCCCCUGUGACCCUGUCUUUUCUCUUAGAGGCUCUGAGUUCUUUGCUGUCUGACUUUGAGGUGCUGCCCGUGUCCGGCCUCCAGCAGCACUCGGUCAGGAAGAGGGACGUCCACACCCUGUCCCACCUGGAGCGCCUGGUCAGCUUCAGCGCCCUCAAGAGGUAGGUGGAACAAGGUCUCCCAUAUGAGACUUCCACAUCGAAAGCUCUGGAUAAGAGCUCCUGCUAAAUGACUAAAAUGUAAGGGCAAAACAGCAAAGACAUACUACUCAAUGGGGUGCUCUCACCUACUCACGUAACAUUCAGGAGCAAGCAAACAAGUUGGGAUGUAAAUGGUUCUGUAUCACUAGUGCUACCCAAUGCCUAGGAAAGAUUGCAUGACAUUUGGGGUGGGAGUCCUCCCUGCUAGGUCAUAUGUGUUUUGAAUUGUUACUGGAAUGGCUUUUCCCAUUCCUAGGCCUAGUGACUAAGUGCAUUUAUCUUCAUGUGAUUUUCAGUGCUUUUGUGCAAUUAAAACAGACAGACCAUUGACAAAGUAAAAAUGUGUUUGUAUCUUCAAUAAACCAAAAUAUGUGCAUUCCCCAAUAAACCAAAAUAUGUGCAUUCCCCAAUAAACCAAAAUAUGUGCAUUCCCCAAUAAACCAAAAUAUGUACAUUCCCCAAUAAACCAAAGUAUGUACAUUCCCCAAUAAACCAAAAUAUGUACAUUCCCCAUGUUUUUUACCAUCAAACUCUGACAUUUUUCUUCCGCAGACAUUUCAAGCUUUACUUGACAACUAACACAGACUUGUUUACUGAGGACUUCAAAGCUGUGUUUGUAGAUAAGCAAGGGAAGGAGGACAGCUAUGAUGUUCAGCUUCAGAACUACUUUACCGGACAUCUUGUAGGUAAGUCAUUAGGGUAUUUGGUUGGUUUUAUAUGGAAUAACCAUAUGGGUGGGUGUGUGUGCUUGCGUGUCUGCGUUAGUGUGUGUGAGUAGAAUCCCUUAAAAGCUCUGUCUUUUGUGUGUGUGUGUGUAGGAGAGGAGCACUCCCGUGUGCAGGCACACAUAGACGGGGACGAGUUCUCUGCCCACAUCCUGACCGAUGAGACAGAGUACAAUGUAGAGGUAAAUGCCCUCCCAAAAUAGGAGCACUGCUUUAAAGUUAAAGUAGGCCAGACAUGUCUUAAAACAGUUGCUGGGUAAAGUGAUGCCAAAACUGUGUGUGAGAGUAAAAACUAUCAGUUAUAUAAACCAGCGUUUGCUUUAGUGAUGGUAGAAGACCAUCUAACCAAUCCUUCUUCCACCCACUUCUUCCUCUCCUUCUCCUCCUUCUCCUCCCACUCCAUCUUCUUCCUCUCUCCUCCCUCUGUCAUUCCCCUCUCCCUCUCUAUCUCUCUCACCCCCCCGCCCUCUCUCUUCCCUCUCAUUCCUCUUCCUCCUUCUCUCCAUCCCCUUCCUUUCUUGCCUUUAUUUACCCCAUUCCCCUCCCACCUCCUCCCUCUCCUCAGCCCCUGUGGAGGUUCACCGAGGCGCCCCCCGAUGGCCGUCUGUUGGUGUACCGCUCAGAGGACAUCAGGAACCUCAGUCGCCUGGCCUCGCCCAAGGUGUGUGGAUACGUCCACGCUGGGGCCCAGGACUUUCUACCAGAGGCCGCUAGAGGUGGAGAGGCACAGGAGGGUGAGAGAGAGAGAGAGAGAGAGAGAGAGAGAGAGAGAGAGUGUGUGUUUGACAGUAUAUGCUCCAUUUGUGUAUGUUCCAUGCGUAUAGACCGGGUGCUUUACACAAGCAGUCAGAAACGUGUAAGAGGCUACCUUAUACAACAUUAUAGUGUGAGGAGGUAGGGAGGAGGUGGUAGGAGAGUAGGACAAGGAGGUGGUAGGUAAGUGGGCAGCCAUUUUAUCUUGUCCCAACACAGCCUCACAAUGAAUAAAAGCCUUUCAUGUGUAAAAUGUGUGUUCCAUACAUGGACUGGCAACAGGGUAUUAUAUAAAGCUCUGAUUCCUUUGUGCUGCCAGUAAAAUGUAAAGCUCAUUAGAAUGACAAUGACCUGGGGAAAAUCUUAAGGACCUCAAGACAAUGUCCUCUAUUCAAAACACUGUGUGGAAAAUGAAUGGAGGUGAAUGAUCUCCACAGAAGAAGCAUUCAAAUUCAUUAGAGCUCUUGUACGUAAUGUGGGUGGGCUGGACUACAGUGUGAGUCGCUGGUCUCCUGGUGCUGUGGAUAAAGGGAGGAAAAAGACAUAGUGAUUACACCCACUCGCUGUGGUUCGCUACAGUAGCUGAAAGGUUGCUUGUUCGAAUCCCCAAGCUGACAAGGUGAAAAAGUCUGUUGUGCCCUUGAGCAAGGCUCUUAACCCUAAUUGCUCCAGGGUCGCCGUUGAUAAUGGCUGACCCUGGCCGUGACCCCACUCUCCGAGGGUGUCUCAAGGGAAGUUGGGAUAUGAAAAAAACACAUUUCAAAUUCUGAAAUAUAACCACCAAAUUAUUACUUUUUAUUAAUCUUGUAAAGGGAAGGAGAGCACAUUACUUGGUGUGUGUGUGGGGAGGGGGCUGACUGUGUGGCACAAAAUGGAUGUAGUCAUAAGGGAAAGAGAAUUAACAUUGUUAGUCUGAAUUGAUGCAUACUCUAUUAUUUUACAGAGGUUUAUUAAAAUUCUAUUCCAAAAGAAGUGCUUUGCUAUUUUGAUUAGGGAUUAAUGUCAUGCUGAAUCAUACAAGCCACAGCCAGUCUCCAACAUAGAAUAAGUGGUGUUGAUUCAUUUUACUUCACACAAAGUUGGAAAUGUGGUGGUACUGGAAAGUAUUCUUUCUAUAUUAAAGGCUUUGUCUGCUAGACCUAUAUUCUUCAUUUACACUUUAGUCAUAAGAACACAUGGUAUACUGCUUCUAAUCAGUUCAUACGCAAACAAAUGUGAGAACAAGGGCAUCUAACAGUUGGAAACUGAAUUAGUGGCCUCAUUCAAUCAUUCUCCCUUCCUGUGACAUCCUACAGUAGUGUUUCUGUUUUUUACUCUCUUUCUCUCUCUUUAUUUAUUCAUUUAUUUAUUUAUUUCUCACUCUCUCUGUCUCUCUCUCAUAUCUCUCCAUAGAUUCCUUCCACAGAGAGAAGAGAGCGGCCCACAACCACAAGAAGAACACAUGUCCUCUAGCCCUGGUGGCUGACUACCGCUUCUUCAAACACAUGGGCCGUGGAGAGGAGAGCAUCACACUCAACUACCUGGUGAGAGGACCAUUAACCUAUUGGCAUUUAUGAUUGCAAAAUUCCUGUAACUUUCCCAAAAUUCCCUGGUUUUCCAGAAAUCCUGGUUGGAAGAUUCCUGUAAUUACAAGGGAAUAAGCAGGGAUUUCUGGGAAAAUUACCAGAAUUUUGCUACCCUAUUGGCACUAUAUGGUUAGGUACAGUGCAUUCAGAAAGUAUUCACACCUAGGGCUGUUACGGUGACUUAGAGGCUAGGCCUACUAUAUUUAUUUCUCAACUUUCCUAAUAUUAAGCACAUAGCUUCUCUUUACAACAUGAGUAUAGCCUACCUGGCUGGCAUGAAAAUGAACCACGGGAAAAGCGUCCUCCAUUCACUGUCCGCAAAAGGCCACACAAAGGGGAUGCCGCCGGGAAAUUAGAGGCAAAAUUUCAGGACCGCCACAGCCCUAUUUACACCCCUUGACUAUUCACGCCCCUUGACCUUUUUAACAUUUUGUUGUGGUACAGCCUGAAUUUUUAAUUGAUUAAACUGAGAUUUUGUUUGGUAAACCAGGGUAUUUUGCCAAGGUUACCAGAAUUUUGCAACUCUAGUACUAAGACAGUCUGUUGUGUUUCCUCCAGAUUGAGUUGAUUGACAGAGUGGACGACAUGUACAGGAACACAACCUGGGAUGAUGAGUUCACAGGAUACGGUGUUCAGAUCCAACAGGUGAGGACAACUGCUACAUUGCCGUGUGUGUUGGUAGUAGUUGUAGUGUAGUAAUAGUAGUAGUACGCAAUACCAUUUUUGGCAUUUUUCCAUCACUACAUAUCACUACUGACAACAUUAUAUCAGUGUGUAAUGUGUCAGUGCUGGGUAGAGAAGUGAGGUCGUAUGACUGUAGUACUGUAAUUGAAUUUGAAAAUAAUUUGUGAAAAGCGCUUUGUGUGGAAAAGCGGGUGGGGAAAUCCAAUUGGUUCCCCUCGCUCGGGGAAUGAAUUGCGACACUGUGCGUCUACUACAAAUCCACCACUCUCUCACUGAAAAGAUAUGCUGCGGCGGUCCAUGCUCCAUCUCUUCUCCUGACCUUCAACCGGAUAUCUUGUACAGAGCAUUAUGGGUACUGUGGUACAUGCUGCAACCUCUAAUGGGGUUUAAGAAGUUGUAAUGUGCUGGUUUGUAGAUCAUCAUCAACAAGGAGCCGACCAGAGCGCCACUUGGCCAGGCUGGCCCGGGCUGGACCCACUACAACAUGAUGGGAAGCCCCAGCCAAGGCAAGGAGGUGUGGGACGUCAAGAAACUGCUGGAGGUGAGACACUACUACUGAUCUGAAAGGAGAGCGGAAUCUAUACAGUGUGCUAGUAUGUAGGAAGGUAAUUCCCCUAGCCUGGUCCCAGAUCAGCAACUAACUGACUGGCAACUGGCAAGAAGGCACAAAAUGAUCUGGGACCAGGCUAGAGUAGUACCCACACAAACAUACACAAUAUGAUUAGGUCACUGUAUUGUCUACGCCCCUCCAACUCAACUCUGGACCUCAAAGCCAGUUCCACUGCAUUCUUUCAUUGUUCCCCUCUAAUCAGGGACUGAUUUAGACCUGGGACACCAGGUGGGUGCAAUGAAUUAUCAGCAGGCUCCGGACCUCGUAUGUUAAGAGUUGAAUACCCCUGGUCUAUACGUUGUAAAACUAGAAGCAUUUUUUUGAAAGGGGACUAAACAUGAUUGACAACAAAAAAUGUCCUCAUCAAUAGGGGAUAUGCUAGCUAAGCUAACUAGUAUUGUUUUUUACUUUCCAAUCCCUUUCUUUGUCUCCAGCAAUUCAGCUCGGAUAUAGCGGACAAUGCUAGCACUGUGUGCCUGGCCCACCUGUUCACCUACCAGGACUUUGACGAGGGGACACUGGGCCUGGCCUACGUGGCCCCCUCUAAAGCCCAGGCUCUGGGGGGCCUCUGCCCCAAACGUAAGGCUCAGCCUCUCACAGACAUCCUCUCAUUUGAGAUCAAAUUACUAUGAUUAUUAUGAUGAGUGUUUUGAUAAUGGUGUGAUAAAUUCAUAAGAGCUUGCUCCUAUAUUUCUAGUCUGAUUUCUCUUCCUCUUUGUAUUCUGCAGCGUACUAUCCAUCUCAGUCCGUCAAGAAGCCCAGUUACCUCAACACUGGUUUAACCAGCACCAAGAAUUAUGGCAAAACCAUUCUAACCAAGGUAGGUUCCUCAUUGAGUUCAAUUUAGUCAUACUAUUGCUAUGGUAUCUGAACCCUCUAUCGAACACACUAGAACAAGGACUGAAAAACUGGGUCAUAGGUCAGAUGAUUUAGCACUGCCUUGUGGCCUUUCAAUAUGAUGAUUUGAGCUGUUGUCUGAUGAAUCGAAUAGUCUGUGGGGCACUUUGUGUUGGGUCAUGGGUUGAACAGGCAGCAUUAUAUGUCUAAUGAAUAAUGACUUGAGACCUUACAAGACCCUCUAGGUCAAUGCUCCUCCGAUAUCCUACUGAGAAAUCUUGCUUUUAUAGCCCAAAGAUAAUAGAUCAUGUAAAAAUGUCUGUAUUAUUGAAUUGUUGCAAGUCAAUGUAUAGUUUCCAAACAUUAACGUGUGUGUGUGUGUUUUUUCUCCCACCACCAGGAAGCAGAUUUGGUGACAACCCAUGAAUUGGGCCAUAACUUUGGGGCAGAGCACGACCCUGACAACAUCCCCUACUGCGCCCCUAGCGAUGACCAUGGGGGCAAGUUUGUCAUGUACCCCAUCGCUGUGAGCGGGGACCACUACAACAACAAGGUACAGCUCUUGCGUACUUCAAAUGAGGUGAUCUUCUGUCAUCAGUUGCCUUCUUCCUUUUCUCUCCUAGCUUUACGUUUGUCUUCCCUCCACAGCGAUUCUCCAACUGCAGUAAGAUAUCCAUAGGGAAGACGCUGCGCUUCAAGGCCCCUAUCUGCUUCAAGGAGAGGAACAGCAAGGUGUGUGGGAACUCCCGCGUGGAGGAGGGGGAGGAGUGCGACCCGGGCAUGCUGCACCGCAACAACGACCCGUGCUGCUCCGCCGACUGCAAGUUCAGGCCAGAGUCCCAGUGCAGGUAGAAACCCGCCACACAUGACCCAAAAUGGCCGCCUCUGAGUGCAGUAAUUCACGAGGUAGGAGGACAUUUACAAGGGCUUCGCUAAUUUCAUGCCUUUAUUUACGUACUGGCAGACAUUAUUAUCCCGUUGGGGAUUUUCUUUUGCGAGAGCAGGCACAUGUAAGAAGGUGAUUACAAACAAUUACAUACUAUCAUUUGCAUAGUAUGCAGUAAACUGGUAGAAUCAACUGGCACUUUCUUAGUCAACUGACAUUGACUCCACACAUUGCAUUUGUUUGAUUCAAGCAGUAUCCAGUAGCCUACCUCUCUAGUAUCUUGAGCAACUCUCGAGCAGCCUGACCAAGUGAAGUGCAUAUACACUGCUAAGCUGUUUACUAACAUUCACAACAUGUGAACUGAGGUUGUCUACUAUUUGUCUGUGUCCCGGUACAUCCAGUGACAGGAAUAGUCCGUGCUGUAAGAAAUGCAAGUUUGAGCAGGCAGGGAAGACGUGCCAGGAGCCCAUCAACGCCACCUGCAAGGGCAUGUCCCGCUGCACAGGUAAGCACCCCCUACUGGACAUACACAGGACUGUCACGGCUAGACGGACAGAUGGGAUUUAUUUUUUCGAUUUGUCAUUGCUGCUAUGUAAUGCAAGGCUCCCUUGUAAAAGAGACUUUGUUAUUAAUGGGACUCUCCCCUGCUUAAAUACAGGUUAAAUAAACUCCUGCUUGUCUGACAUUUUCCUCUAUUCAACAUAGCAAUGUGUCAUGAUCUGCUAUGUAAGUGAUCUAUUGGACCAAAAUCCUCUAGCUGGAUAGGUCCCCAGGUCUUGCUGUUGAGACAUCUGUUGGUGUUUUUGACUGACUGUGUUGUACUGUCCAUCCCCUAGGGAACAGCAGUGAGUGCCCAGCCCCAGACAACGCUCCGGACAAUACCAUCUGUGUGGACAGUGGGAGGUGCAGCGACGGGGAGUGCAUGACCUUCUGUGAGGCCGUGCAGAACCUGCAGCCCUGUGCUUGUAAUGGUACGGCCCUCUAGCAGACACACUGCUACAAUCUAGAUUGACACAACUGACCAGUUCCACGGUGUACCCAUCAAAAUACAACUGUAGACAGACUGAUGUCUACGUUCUAUCUCUAAUCUAUAGAUUAUAUUUCUAUGGUACCCAAUAUCUUGCAUUAGAAAUUAUUUGUUCUUUAUUUGAUUUGAUGCCCCGUAAGUUGACAUGGUGUGAAACCCAAAGCCUUUAAUUUGAUUCCUGCCAAUAUACUGUAACUAAUUGAUAUUCUGAGAAAGAUACAGAUAGCAGUAUAGCACGUGGUCCAGGUUGUCUUCAAACCCAACCUGACCUCUCUCGACUCUUCCAGAGACAUACGACUCGUGUAAGGUGUGCUGUCGGGACAAAAAUGGUGCCUGCACUCCCUUUGUCAAAAGCGACGGGAACUUCCUGUACCUGCGCAAGGGGAAACCCUGUACCGUGGGCUUCUGUGAUGAGGGCGUGAGUGACUGACUUCUUCCUUUUUAGCACUGCCAUUUUACCUCUACUCACACUUAAUGGACACAGGCUGUAUUCAUAGUUUCAACACAUUUCACUUCAAAAAAUAAAUUUCAAUCGAAAUAAUACAAUUUCAUUUUGACACGAAUAAAAUAUUUUUAAAAUAUUUUAUUGGUCCUACAGGGGGAGUUACCGCUUUCAAUUACAAUUUUCUGACAAUGAUGAUACAGUAUAUUGAUUUGUAUGUGUUUGUUUCAGGGUAAAUGCAUGAAGCAAGUCCAGGAUGUGAUCGAGAGGUUGUGGGAUUUCAUCGACAAGCUGGACAUCAACACAUUCGGUGAGUGGGGAUGCAGUGAGGGGGUAGAGUUGAUUGACUUGAAAGGCUGGUUGGAGUUGAAGUAUUUUUCUCUCUCUCUCAUAGGGAAGUUCCUAGCAGACAAUAUAGUGGGCUCAGUGGUGGUGUUCUCUCUAGUCUUCUGGAUCCCUCUCAGCAUCCUGGUGCACUGUGUGGUGAGACCUGAACCCAAAACACACUCACACCAAUACCAGACUUACCUCAACCCUUCCUUCAGGCCAAAGAUUCCUGCAUCAAUUGUUUAGUGAUGACUAAAAUAGCAGAUACACUUAUCAUGUUAAAUAUAUCAAUCAGGGGGCCUCCCGAGUGGUGCAGCGGUCUAAGGCACUGCAUCGCAGUGCUUGAGGUGUCACUACAGACCCGGGCUCGAUCCCAGGCUGUAUCACAGCCGGCUGUGACCGGGAGACCCAUGAGGCGGUGCACAAUUGGCCCGGUGUCGUCUGGGUUAGGGGAGGGUUUGGCUGGCUGGGAUUUCCUUGUCCCAUCGCGCUUUAGCGACUCCUUGUGGCGGGCCGGGCGCCUGCAAGCUGACUUCGGUCGCCAGCUGGAUGGUGUUUCCUCCGACACAUUGGUGCGGCUGGCAUCUGGGUUAAGCGAGCAGUGUGUCAAGAAGCAGUGCGGCUUGGCAGUGUCGUGUUUCGGAGGACGCAUGGCUCUCGACCUUCGCCUCGCCUGAGUCCGUAGGGGAGUUGCAGCGAUGGGACAAGACUGUAACUACCAAUUGGAUAUCACGAAAUUGGGGCAAAAAAGGGCUAAAAGUACAACAAAAUUAUUAUUUAUAUAUAUAUAUAUAUAAAUCAGACCCUUGCUGUCUAUACAUCUUGUUGUCCAGUAGAGAUCUGCUAUAAGAUAUUUGGCUUUCAAAGCCCAUCUCUUGCAUUGUUGAUAAAGACACAAUAAUGUUAGCUGUUUAUACACUAAUGGGAUGCUUACUGUUUUUGUUUCUGUAGGAUAAAAAUCUGGACAAGGAGUAUGAGGAGAACACCAAGACCAUGUACUUCCCCAGCGUAAGUCCUUGAAGCUUCCUAUGCCCUCCCAUGUUCACUACUGACCACGUGCUAGGUUUGAACUUUGAAGUCGCACUCACUAUAACACGCUAUCCCUUUUAGAAACGUCAUACUACUAGAGAGCAUGUUGUCUUAUUUGCUCACCUGCAGUUAUUUGCCCAAUUCCAAAAUCGACCCCGACCCUAGCCCAUAUCCCCUAGAUCUGAAAGGACUGCAUAAGUGUAAGCAGUAAAGGGUGAAGAUUCCACCAAGCCUAUCAGAGGGCAAGUUGGCGUGAGAAUCAUACGCUAUUACCCAUCCAAAUCCAUUCCUAAACCCUUGCUCCUAUGUACUUCUUGUAAAUCUGAAAAGAUUGGAACUGGCCCGUAGUUAGCCCAUAUGCAGCAUGAAUGAGUUCUAUGCAGUAGCACAUAUGAUGGCCUCACAGGGCUCACUUGAAAAAGAGAUGUUAAUCUCAAUGUGACUUCCCUGGUGAAAUCAAAUGUAAAUAAUAGUAAACUGAGGGAUAUUUGGGUUACAAUGACCUGUUCCGUUACUGUUCCGUUUGCCUUGGCCCCUCGUGGAACUGCAGCAGAUGGUUGAGGUACCUGUAUUUAGUAGAGCUCCACCCUCAGGUGAGUGGGUGAGGCGUUGGGGGGGGGGGGGGGGGGGGGCAGGGUGCACGCUGUCGGUGUGUGACACAAGGAUGCGCGACGUGUGUGAGGAGAGGAGUGCACCAUGUUGUCUUUGUGGGGCCGUUUGUCGACCUUGUUGGAGCCAGAGUGUCCAAGCUGUUGUGUUUGUUGUGCUGCAGUGGACUGUUCAGUUUUAAUGGUGCGGACAGACUGGGUCUGUUCCAUUUCAUCUCCGCCAGUUUACUUGGAAAUAAUGAACAGUUGCUCUUUAUUUUCCAAGGUGAAUUUGUGUCCCAAGUCAUGACGAAUUGAGUUAAAAAGGAUCGCACCCCAGUUACAGGCAGAGUUAGUCAAACACAACCCUGAUUCUGCUAUUCCCCCCCCCCAGAAUGCAGAGAUGCUGAACAGCCUCGAGUCGGCCUCCGUCCGCAUCGUCAAGCCACCUCCGCCUCCCACUUUCUUCUCCGCCGCUCGGAUCCUACCCCACUCCCUCCCUCCUCUACCCCCAAUGGGCCCGUCUGCCUCAGGCAGCAGCAGUACCCCAGCCCCAGGCUCGGCUUCGGGCCCUGGCCCGUCCUCGGGGAGCGGAGUGGUGGUGGUGGGGGGGGAGGGCCCACGGAUGGCCACCAUCCAGGAGGAUCCCAGCUGCGACUCUCACCACGACCUGGACAAGGACGACUUCCCUCCUCGCGGAGGCUCCAACGCCACCAAGUCCUCAUACGAGGACCUGACAGCGGAGCAGAGCACGCCGCGCUCGGGCCGCCACGACAAGCGCCGCCUCAAGAGGCAGGCCUGCGUGGUGGACAGUAAAGAGACCCAGUGCUGAGGAACAUGUUUGUAUAUAUACGCACACAGUUGCGCGCACGUACAGACACACUCACACACAAUUGUACAUGAGGGAACAUUCGCACACACACAGUCUAGAAUAGAUACAGUAUGUAGGUACAUGCAUACAGACACUCAUGCAUAUCCAUGCACAGAAUAUAUGCAUAGAAUAGAUUAUACUAUAUAGUAGAUGCAGGUAACUGCCAAAAUAAAGGAAACGCUUGAGUAAAUGAGGGAUACAAAGUAUAUUGAAGCAGGUGCUUCCACACAGGUGUGGUCCUGUGUUAAUUAAAUAAAAAUGGCUACCAUGGCUAGAAGAAAAGAUCUCAGUGACUUUUAAAGAGGGGUCUCAAAGGAGCAUAGGGGGUUUAAAGGGUGUGUCUGUCACCAGAUCUCAACCCAAUUGAACUCUUAUGGGAAAUUCUGGAGUGGCGCCUGAGAGCGUUUUUCACCACCAUCAACAAAACCCCAAAUUAUAGAAUUUCUCGUGGAAGAAUGGUGUUGCAUCCAUACAACAGCAUUCCAGACACUUGUAGAAUCUAUGCUAAGGCAAAUUGAAGCUGACCUGGCAGCUCGUGGUGGCCCAACACCCUAUUAAGACUUUGUUAGAGUUUCUUUUAGUUUGGCAGAUACCUGUACAUGCAUACAUGACUAA